UGACGGUCUGACAGCACUUCCUGGAGUGAUGUUUGUUGUGGGAAAUAACAACCGUGCUACUCGCCUGGGACUGAGCCAACGUUAACGGACGGAUUAGUAAACGUUACGCUACGUCUGGAGCAUGUGGCGGCUUUUUGACGGUGCCAAAUAAGCCAGAGGAACGGGCCCAGGGACCAGGACCACGACGAGGAGGCGGGGGACAUCGUCGGAUAGCGGAGUAGCAAAACCCGCCGACAGACAGCACGGACCUGUCGCGAUGCGGUAGCUAAAACAUGGACAGCAGAAUCAAGGACAACCCAGAGAGAACUUUUGAUCUGAUCUUGCAAGUGACAUCUCCAGUAUCGAAAAAUGAGGAUCCAACCGUGCUGUGGAGCUUCCCCCAGGACCACACCGACCAGGAGGUUCUUCAUACAGUACCAAAGUUCUGCUUUCCCUUUGACAUGGAAAGGGUGUCCCAGAGCCACGUCGGACAGAACUUCACCUUUGUGCUGACCGAUAUCGACGGAAAGCAGAGGUUUGGGUUCUGUCGACUCACUCAAGGUUGCAGAGUCUGCAUAUGUCUGCUAAGUUACCUUCCAUGGUUUGAGAUCUACUACAAGCUGUUGAACACCCUUGCAGACUACUUAUGGAGACAACAGGAUAAUGACUUGAAUGACAUGCUGAACUCUCUGUACGAUCUGCCGGUGCCAAAGCCCUUCACGCCAGUCAACCUGAGUGUGCACUCCUACUUCAUCGCCCCGGAUAUCAAUGGACUGCCAACUAUCCCAGAGAGUAGAAACCUGACAGAAUACUUUGUGGCUGUGGAUGUCAACAACAUGCUCCAGCUCUACGCCAGUAUGCUGCACGAGCGGCGUGUCAUCAUUACCUCAAGCAAGCUGAGCACUUUAACUGCAUGUGUCCACGGCGCAGCUGCUUUGCUCUUUCCAAUGUACUGGCAGCAUAUCUUCAUCCCUGUGCUGCCCCCGCAUCUUCUGGACUACUGCUGUGCCCCCAUGCCAUACUUUGUGGGAGUUCAUCUUAGUCUACUGGAGAGAGUACGCAGUCGGUCCCUGGAGGAUGUGGUCAUCCUGAAUGUGGACACCAACACACUGGAGAGUCCCUUUGACGAUCUGCACAACCUUCCCAGUGAUGUGGUGUCCUCAUUGAAGAGCAAGCUUAAGAAGCAAUCAACGGCAACAGGAAGUGGCGUGGCAAGGGCCUUCCUGAGAGCGCAGGCCGCUCUGUUUGGAUCCUACCGGGACGCCCUCCGAUAUAAGCCUGGAGAGCCAAUAACAUUCUGCGAGGAGAGCUUUGUGAACCAUCGUUCAAGCACCAUGAGGAACUUUUUGUCCAUGGCUGUCAACUUGCAGCUUUUUAAGCAGUUCAUCGAUGGGCGGCUGGCCAAAUUGAACGCAGGCCGCGGCUUCACUGACGUGUUUGAAGAAGAGAUCACAGAGGGGGGCUUCUGUGGAAGUAGCUCAAGGUCCUAUCAGCAAUGGAUGUACACUGUAAAGUUAAUUAAAAGCGUGACUGACACAACUCUGCGUUCAAGUCUCGGCUCUGAGAACACGGGCAGCCUGGUUGUCCGGGUGCAGCUGCGGUGCAUUUCGGCAGCCUGUAGCAACCAUUGCUGCUCCGGCCAUUCAGUGAUGUGGAAUGUGGGCCUCCAGACUGCGGCUAAAUGGUUGCAUUUUGCGACUACAAUAGGAGACAUCAGAGGAGGAGCACUUAUCAAUACAGCCGUGACAAAGGCCAAAAGUCAUGCCAAGCGGGGCAUCCGGGACAUAAAGGGCCGACUGAAAGCACGGGAGGAAGAGGAAGAGGGGAUAACAGUCUGUGCAGGGUCCCCCACGAGCACCAAGAGCCUGUCUCCAAGGCGACUACAGAGGAUGAGACGGCAUAACUUCAACAAGUCUCCCAUGAGCAUGGGCCCGCGAGAUCUCGGCUACGGGCUUGAUGAUGAUGAGCUGGACAGUGCGAGCAAGAUCUCAUCAGAAGACAGUGGAGAUGUCCCCUCAUACACAGAGGACAGCGAUGACUCCUACUCGCUGGAUCUGGACAUCGACUCCUCGCGCUCAGGCAAGAUGAACCUGCUUGAGGAGAUCCUGGACUCUCUGAGCACCACCACCAUGGAACAGGGCAAGCUCAGUGCGGCCAAGAGCCUGGACUUCUUCAGGUCUAUGGAGGACCUAGACUACCAGGUCCCCCCGAGCAAACCAAGCCCUUGUGGCACCUGCCACCCUUCCAGUGAGAUUGGUUGUGAAGCAGGGGGAGAACAGGGGGGCUGGAACAUGGGCCAGGAUGACAGUGCAGUCCACGGGAAGCAUCUGCCACCGUCCCCACGUCGACAACCCAACAAGAGCAGCCUGAAGGUCUCCAAGAAGCCUCCCGUGCAUGUACCAGAUGAGCAGCUCGGCCCCCAUCCUCUACCUCUAGGGAGACAACCAGGAGACCGCUUCUCCUAUUCACCUUCAACGUCUCACAGAAUUCCACCCACACCGCCAUCUCCAAAUUCCUCUCACACUUCUUCUUCUUCUUCUUCUUCCAACCACUCUCCACUGCCGACGUCCCGCGUACGGACCAUUUCAGAGCCCAAAACCAGCACAGAGCCUCCUCAGGCCCAGAACCCGCCAGGCUCCACCGGCAUCCUGAGGAGGAAGGUGCUCUCCAAGGAGAUGGUGAGGAACUACAAGCAAAAGUCUACACAGAGGCAGGCCAGCAAGGAGAGUCGGAGCAGGAAUUCGAUGCAGGUACCCUGGGAGAAGGAUUACACGGGGGGGGUCCCGGGUCACGCUCACGGUAAAGUCCUUGGGGCUACGGUGCAGGAUCGAGGCCUCCUGGAGGAGAUCGAGUCCAUGUGUUGUGUCGGGCCGGUCCUCCACAGCGGCCUGCAGCUGUCACAGGUUCACUGCAACAACCACAGCAAAGCCACGGAGCAGUCUUAACCUGCUACUGGGUUCUAGUUCUACCUGCCACCCAUCUAUUUGGACACUUUCUACGUCAGCACCAAACCACCAGGGAGCAGGAGAAACGUGAUGCCAUCGGGGGGGAGGGGGCCGGAAAACUGGAAAAACUUGUAGAGACAUCACUUGUGGACAAGAAGGCCGUGUGUGGACAAAGGUUUUGGGACACACACUCACAUAAAGACAAAGACAGGACUUCAAUCUAUGAGUGGCAGCGGGAUGUAAUGACAUCAUCGUCAAAUUUGCAUAAUUAGCAAAAGAAAAGCAGAACAAAUGUUUCAAACGACCCAUGAAUUUCGCUUCCUUUUGUCGUUUUUUUUCAAUGUCACAAACAAGACGGAGCCGCCAGUGAGUGCUUUUAGACAGCAGUCGCUGCUCGUUGAGAAGGGCGACACACGCUUUCAUGUCGGUCGCAAAGAACUCCCUCCGCUGGAUUUGUCGCUAUUAGCUUUUUUUGGGGGGGGGGGGGGGUCUGAUUACUGGCUAAAUAUCGCGACAGGGUCGCUAAGUUGGCAACGCUGAUCCCUCUUGCUACGUUUUCUUCUUCUCUGGCAGACCCGGUACGUUAUAAAGUGUUUACGUGGGAAGGCGAACAGGGAGCACCAAAUGUAUUUGUGGCGGGCCCCCCCCCCUCCGAUUGAUUCAUUGGUCCGCCUGCUAGGAAAUGUGUCCCAAGACUUUUGUCCACAUAGGCUGCCAACAUUCCAUUUCUCACCCCGUCACCAUUAAUGCAGGUUUCAUUGGACGAGGACAAACACCACGUUUCACUGGACAAAUUGCACUUUUAGACGAACAGCAAAGACCCUUUUGUCCAAAGCUAAUUGAGCUAAUGCUAACAAAAACAACUUCAGUCCUGAUGAGCCUUUGAAGCUAAUUGUACACUGUGUAAAAUAACGAUGCCUUACUAUUCAUCCCCUUGCUCGCAGGUAUCGUCCAGUCGGGGGUGCGGAGUACUUCACGUGUGACGUAUAAUGUGCUGUAAGCUGCUGUUCAACGUUGCGUUCCAUUUCUCAUUCUUUCUUCUUCAGCUUCCGGUCGCACACUGAUGAUAGCGUGUAUGAUUGUAACGCAGCCGAGGGCGUACAAGUGACGUGUACGGUCCGACUCUCCUAUGGAGAGAAACACUGCGUGCAAAAGGUUAAAAAAAGAGAAAAAAACCCAAAUCUUUCCAUGUGCUUGGGUUGGUGUUAUUCCCGUGAUUGUUCUCCUGAUUUAGACCAGACGCCAGUCGGCCUGGCACUCGAACAUGCCCAUUAAUGCUUUGCUCAUAAAGCGGCUGGCGGGCAUCGAAAAGAGCAGACUUUAGUAGUUUUAACUCCAAAAAAGGACAACUCCGGACCCGACCCGACCGCAGCGGUACACGCAUUCAGACACGUCGUGACUAUGCAAACAUUUACAACUCAAAAGCUACUACUUGAAAAACAUUUGCAAUCAACGUGGUUUCUCAUGGGAAUAAGCCACAUUUCAGGUGUGUUGUGUGUAUUCACCAGUGUGUGGUGUGCCUUAUAUGAUAAGAGUAUCACCCGGUACAGUAUUAAGCACGCAGCCCCUUUUCCACCAAGUGCACAUUCACUUCCUGCGAACUAUACUGUGCUUCCUGGAACUAAAAGCAUCCAGUGGCCCGUUUCACGUGUUUCUCCUUUGCACGGGUGAAAGUACCGCUAAUCGUACAAUCGGGUACAGUGUUUCCCACAGUCUUAUUUGUGGUGUAUUUGCAAAGCCGCUUCUUCUUAUUUAAUUUUUUAAGCACCUCGCUGCUCAUUGAGAAGAGCAAUACGCUAGAUUUGUUGCGAGUCGCUAAAUGUAGUGGUCCCUCAUUUAUCGCGGUUAAAUGGUUCCAGACCCGACCGUGAUAAGUGAGUUUCCUAAAAGUAGGAUUUAUUUUUUUUUUACAAAUGGAAUAUGCUCGUAGUUAGAGCACAGAAAACCUGUUUACAACCUUCUGGAUGCGACAUUUAACAUUAUUAGAGCCCUCCAGACAAUAAAUAACACCCCUACAGCCACCUUUACACUCAUAUUACCCAAUAUGGGAGACAUAGUAACAGAAAAUAAGCCUUUUAAGACAUGAAAAAAAGACUUGUGCUCGUGUGCAAUAAAAGCCUGUUGCUCCGCAGAUCAAGUCUGGUGCUUGUCUCCUUACUGACACCUGGUGACCAAUGUAGAAUACGACAAUUUGAAUGCGGCUGUAUUAUAUUUUAGUUCAUUUAGUCAUUUUUAUGCCGGAAAAUGCUUAAUUUAAGCAAAACAUAUGCUUCAAUAUGCAUAUUUUUGACUAAUAAUAGGCAGUAUUUAACUGCGAAACAGCAUGAUUUAUUAUUAAUUUGUAUAUUUUUGAGAAACCGUGAUAGAGUGAAGCCGCGAAAUUCGUACCGCAAUGUGGCGACCAGGUGUGAUGUAAUGUGUUAAUGAGCGAGGGCAACCAGGUAGCGCCACAUGUAUUUGUGGCGGUCCGAAUGUAUUUGUGGCGGGCCGCCACAAGCAAAUAAAUGAAUGUAUGGGAAACACUGAGACAUGUUCAGCGAUGCAAAGGCCACCUAAACGUUCCAGGAGUUUAAAAAGUAUCUAGUUCCCCCAAAAAGGCCAGAAGCGCGGCCCAUGUUCCCACGGUUAAAACGCGCACAGUUGCGGAAUAAAGUUCCCAAGGUGGAAAAGGGGCUUAUGAGUAUGCAAUGUUUAAAUCAAACGGUCCUCGGAAUCUUUUCAGAUUGAAAAAAAAAUGUUUGGUCGUGACCAAAUGACCUGAAAUGAACUCAGGCGUUGUUUUUUUCAGGCGGGAGUCGCUUCCUGCCGCUUGUUUUUCGUCUCCUUAUGUUAGCUAGCCGCUUUCCUUGUAUUAUUCCAUUACUUUAUGACUUCAAUUGUUUCCUUUUUUUAACACGUAGGUCAAAAGGCUUUUUUUUAAGUGUUCUCAGAGGACUUUCUCCAAUUUAUUUCAUAAUAAGAAUAAUUUGAAAAAAUACUGAAAAAUAUAAAAUAUUUUCCGCUGACUGACUAGUAUUUUUUCUUGAAUAUAUUUUACAUGAAUAAUAUAUAAUUGGUGUUGUGUGUUGUAAAUGACACCUAAUGUGAAUGUUUUAGAUUUUAUUUUUGAAAGAGACUAUAUUAAAAAAAAAAAAAGAAUAUACAAUUAACGGCCCACACGUUUCUGCACGUAUGUUGGAUGUACUGUUCUGGUCCGACAGACCUGGUUCUGCAAUUAAAAGUACUAAUUUCAGUAUUUAUCACACAUUUAAAAAGACUGAUGCAACUAUCUCAUUCUGCCUUGUAUUGGAUUGCGUUGUAGUGUUUCAACAUCAUCUGCCUUUGUUUUGUUUUUUUACAUUUAUCGGCUGCUGUAAAUAAACCAUAGAAAAGAAACACAUGAGCAGAUAACUACUGCUGAGUGAUAUAUACAGUAUAUAUACAGGAUAUAUAUAUACAAUAAAAUGUUGGGGGUUUCUGUUUACACGAAUGCUGUAAAAUGAUGAAGACAGUUGACAUGUCAAUGAGUGAUUGCAGAAGAAGCACUUGGGUUCCGUGGUUGCUAUUCUGACCAUGCUAACGUAGCGGUGAUGAUCAUCAUCAUGUAUUUAGCAUCACUUUCUCGCAGCCAAAAUAUUCAAAAACGCAACAACAUCUCCAGUACGUAGUAGGAGUACACACAUGACUCAACAUUGUAACGCCGAGUUGUUUUGUGCACACUUGCAUGUUCUCGUUGUGGAGAAAACAACAGUGUCAAUCUAAUGAGGUGUCGAUGGCAAACUUGGUACAACUGCACAUGUUGUAUGCACUGUGAAAUGAAAAUGAAUAAUAAUAAAUAAUACUCUUUCAUGCAACACGCACGCCUCCGCUGGCUUUUGUCCAUAAUUCUGCCUUCCGUGGGUAAGCGUCCGUGUGUGGCCUGGGGCUCGUUUGCAGCCCAUGGCUGAUUUUUUUUUUUUUUUAAUCGCCCCUUUGUACAUUUUCAAAGUACAAUUAAACAAGAAAACCAACAAAAACAACACAAAUGGAAAAAAACAGUCAUUUUACAAAAAAUAAAUUACAGUCGUCCCUCGCAAUAUCGCAGUUUGAUUAUCACUCCCUCACUAUAUCGCGUUUUUUUCGCAAAUGUAUUAUUUAAUGAUCGCUAAAUGAAGCAUUUUCAAGCAUAAAAAUGGCUAAAUGAACUCAAAUACAACUACAAGGCAGAAGAAGCGUUGUCAUUGUGACUGCAGUGCUGUGUUCUACAUUGGCCACUGGGUGUCAGUAAUUGUUUGGUGAGACAAACACGAGACUCGUCACAAAGGUCAGCCAUGGCUGCCGGGCCACCAGGGGGAGCUCAUGAGCUCCUGCCGGGGCAGCCAUUAUAAAUUAUA